AUGCCUCCUCGGAAUGAGCCCUUCCACGUCGCCAUCGCCGGCGCGGGCAUCGCCGGGCUGACGGCCGCCAUCGCGCUGAUCCACAAGUACCCCGGGUCUAUCAAGGUGACAGUCUUCGACCAGGCCACCGAGCUCCGGGAGAUCGGCGCUUCAAUCGGCCUCGGGCCAAACGGGCUGCGGGUGCUCGAGAAGCUCGGCGUGGACGCCGCUCUGUCCGAUGAGAUCGCCUUCCGGCAGCCGAGCGGCUGGCCUACCGUCUACCGGCACUGGCGGACGGACGAGGUCAUUGCCUACGACGUGCACCAUGAUGUCCCAAACCCGAGGCAUGCUAUGGCGCGGUAUCACCGGGCGCAUUUGCAGAGGGCGCUGCUGGAUAGUCUGCCGGAGAAGGUCGAAUUGAAGCUGAAGAAGCGGCUGGUGGGCUUGACUGUGAAGAAGGGUCCCGAUGGAUCAGAUUCGGGAGUUUCCGUAGCCUUUGAGGACGGCACUACCGUCGAUGCUGACUUGCUGAUUGGAGCCGACGGUAUCCAUUCCAAGGUCCGGAAGACGUUCGUCCCUGAGCACGAGCUCAAGUGGACGGGGUGGGUAGCAUUCCGGUCGGCCUUUGACGCCUCGGUAUUGGAUGAUGUGGAAGGCCUUCCUGAAGAUGCUAUCUUCUGGGUCGGUCAUGAGAGGACUCUCUUUGCAUCGAGGUUAGGAAAGAAUCAGUAUACGGUGGUUGGAGGGUAUCAUUGCAACCCAGGGGAUCCCAACGCAGACUUUCGCGACACAAAAUGGAGCGAGCCUGGAGACUUGGAAGUUCUGAGGAACUACUACAAGGGCUGGAACCCAAUGGUGGAAGCCAUCGUCAAUAGAGUGCCGUACACACGUCUUUAUCCCAACUAUGCUGGCAUUGGACUCGACCAUUUCACAUUUGAGAACAGAGUCGUCCUCCUCGGCGAUGCAGCCCACACACAUGGUGGUGCGUUCGCUGCCGGUGGAUCACUCGCUAUUAACGACGCAUACGCGCUUGUUCUUGGCUUGUCAUAUGCUUGGUCGCCCGGGAGUCUGGAGAAGCCUACUCCUGGACAAAUCAGGAAAGCAUUAGAUUUAUACGAGAAGACACGCAAACCACAUAUUGACAAACUCCUGUCAAUCAUACACUCGGGCUAUCGAAAGCCUUGGGAAGGCGCAGAGACAGCAUCCGAGACAGACGAGGAGCUUCGGAAGAGGAUAGACGGCCGUCCGGACCCUUCAUGGCUGGCAGAGCAUGAUGUUGAAGCAAGGUUUCUGGAGGUCGUAGAAGAGUACGAAAAGCGUGAGACCACUAAGAAUCAGGAGAAAGAAUUUAAAAGCCCCCAGUCUAAUGGCGAGGCCCAAACCAAGAAUGGGAUUGACUUCGAAGGGCUCCUGGCGUAG